AUGUGGAAAUCCAGCAGAUUGAAUGUGUGGAAUGCUAACAUUAGUCCUAUGUGCAAAAUUUGCAACCAGCAGAUUAAAACUAGUAAACAUCUUUUCUUCAACUGUGGUUACAGCUGUGAUGUGUGGAAACAGGUGUUAAGUCAUUUACAGAGGCAUCCUCUUGCUGAUUCAAAUCUAGAGCUUGAGUUUGCUAUUAAAAAAGCCAGAAGCACAAAAAGUAUUGACAAAGUAUAUGUCAUGCUUUUUACUGAGAAUGUGUAUGAUGUGUGGUUGCAAAGAAAUAGUAAAGUGUUUAGGAACUCUUUGUCGCCUCCUAAUCUGAUUGCAAAGGAGAUUGUAUUUAGAGUCUCUUGUAGAUGUAGUGAGCUGGAACGACAUUUGUUAAUUUCUUGA